UCGACCAGACAGAAACAGCCAAAAUGUUCAAGUUUGUGAUGAUCUGCGCAGUUUUGGGGCUGGCGGUGGCCAAUCCCCCAGCGCCCCAUUCCGUGGGACGUUCCGAGGAUGUCCACGCCGAAGUUGUCUCGCGCUCCGACGAUGUCCGCGCCGAUGGAUUUGAUUCCAGUCUGCACACCUCCAACGGAAUCGAGCAGUCCGCCAGCGGAGAUAUCCAUGGCAACAUCCACGGCAACUUCGCAUGGAUCUCCCCCGAGGGCGAGCACGUGGACAUCAAGUACGUGGCCGAUGAGAACGGCUACCAGCCCUCGGGCGCCUGGAUCCCCACCCCUCCCCCAAUCCCAGAGGCCAUCGCCCGCGCCGUCGCCUGGCUGGAGUCCCACCCCCCAGCACCCGAGCACCACCACUAG